UUUUUUUUUAACCCCCGACUCUCCCCACGAACCCUUUCUGUUCUUUCAAUUUUAAUAUCGUAUCAUAAUCAUGUAAAUAUACACGAAUUAAAUUUUAUCGAAUUUUUUGGAGUCUUCAUCCAAUAGAGUAAUGACAAUUUGAGAAUUAUAUACAACUUACAGGCGUGGUGGGAGAGAGUUGGGUGAACGCGCUUAAGGAACGCGUGGGCGGUCCAACAUAAUCCUCCGAUCACAGCACGCAAUCAACUGUUGCAUUUACAGCCGUUAGAUAAUGAUAAUGAUGCCAAUGGUCUGCCGCCUCGUCUCGUCUCUCGACAUACCACAUGCCACGUAAUCGGGGGACUAGAAUAGUAAAUUGCCACCACGCUCGUUUAGGGCGGCUGCCACAGAUCAGUCAAAUCCCUCGUUGACUGUGCCCACCCUUUCUUAGCUUUUAUUCAAUUCCUCGCCGAUCCCCUUCUCUAUAAAACCAUCUCCCCACCUUUCUUUGCUCUCGACCCUACACUCUUUUGUUUCAUUUUAGCACUGCAAAUUAGAACCGCGACGAAUCGAGAAUAUGGCGCCCAAGGAGAAAGUUGCCGGAGUUAAGCCUAGCGCCAACGCCAAGGAGGUGCAUUUCAGGGGCGUUAGGAAGAGACCGUGGGGGAGAUACGCCGCCGAGAUCAGGGAUCCAGGGAAGAAGAGCCGUGUAUGGCUUGGAACUUUUGAUACGGCGGAGGAAGCCGCCAAGGCGUACGACUCCGCCGCCCGGGAGUUUCGCGGCGCCAAGGCGAAGACCAACUUUCCUUUGGUUUCUGAGAAUCUGAACAACAAUAAUCAGAGUCCGAGCCAGAGCAGCACCGUGGAGUCUUCCAGCCGGGAGGGAUUUUCGCCGGCUCUAAUGGUUGAUUCCUCUCCAUUGGAUCUUAAUCUGCUGCACGGAGGUGGCGUCGGCGUUGGCGUUGGCGUCGGCGUUGGUGCUGCUGCUGGAUAUGCCACUGCCUUGAGAUUUCCGUUUCAGCAUCAUCAGUUUCAAGUUUCCUCCCCUUCGCCGGCUGCCGGAAUUGUUCCGACCGGAGGCUUGCCUGCGGCGAAUCACCUUUUCUACUUUGACGCGAUGUUACGGACUGGGAGAGUGAAUCAAGAUUUUCAGAGACUGAGGUUCGACCGUGCGGCGUCUGAUUUCCGCGCCGCGCUUACCGGUGGGGUCCAGAGCGAUUCCGACUCAUCAUCUGUGGUUGAUUUGAACCACAACGAUCUCAAGCCUCGCGCACGCGUUCUCAUCGAUCUCGAUCUGAACCGCCCUCCCCCGCCUGAAAUCGCCUGAAUACUUCUCUGAUCUUUGCGUCCUCACUGGAUAACGUUUCAAUUCGUUUUUUUUUUUCCCUUGAAAAAUUUUCUCUUUUCUUAUCUAUUCUACCAUAGGAAGAAAAUAGGCAAAAAGAAAAAAACAAAAUUUAGGAAGAAAAGUGGUUGCGAUGGCUUGAGAGUCCCAUCUCCAUGUGUAUAGCUGAUCUCUUUUUUGCAACAGAGAAAUCAAGCGUUUCUCACAGUUGUUGGUAACAAGUAACUGCUGUUUCAGAUGUACUCUGUUUUUGUUCAAGGAGCAAUUGACGAUUUCUUGAA